AUGACGACUAUGGAUUUGCGUGUCGGUAACAAAUACCGCAUUGGCCGCAAGAUCGGCAGCGGUAGUUUCGGUGAUAUCUACCUUGGCACCAACAUCAUUUCCGGCGAGGAGAUCGCUAUCAAGCUCGAAAGUGUCAAGGCCAAGCACCCGCAGCUCGAAUACGAGGCCCGUGUCUACAAGUCUCUGGCCGGUGGUGUCGGUAUUCCUUUCGUGCGUUGGUUCGGUACGGAGUGUGAUUACAAUGCUAUGGUCAUCGACCUUCUUGGUCCCAGUCUGGAGGACCUUUUCAACUUUUGCAACCGCAAGUUCUCGCUGAAGACUGUGCUCCUUCUCGCCGACCAGCUCAUCUCUCGUAUCGAGUACAUCCACGCCAAGUCUUUCAUCCACCGUGAUAUCAAGCCCGACAACUUCCUCAUGGGUAUUGGCAAGCGUGGUAACCAGGUCAACGUGAUCGAUUUUGGUUUGGCCAAGAAGUACCGCGACCCGAAGACUCACUUCCACAUUCCCUACCGCGAAAACAAGAACCUCACCGGAACUGCUCGCUACGCCAGUAUCAACACUCACUUGGGUGUCGAGCAGUCCCGCCGUGACGACAUGGAGUCUCUCGGCUAUGUCAUGCUCUACUUCUGCCGUGGUACUCUGCCCUGGCAGGGCCUGAAGGCUGCUACCAAGAAGCAGAAGUACGACCGUAUCAUGGAGAAGAAGAUGACUACGCCUACCGAGGUUCUGUGCCGUGGUUUCCCCAACGAGUUCUCCAUCUACCUCAAUUACACUCGUUCCCUGCGUUUCGAUGACAAGCCGGAUUACUCAUACCUCCGCAAGAUCUUCCGCGACCUUUUCGUUCGCGAGUCCUUCCAGUAUGACUACGUCUUCGAUUGGACCGUCUACAAGUAUCAAAAGAAUGCCGCCAUGAUCGUGGACGCCAACAAGAAGGACAAGGAGGCUGAGGAGCAGCAGCGCCGUCAAGGUGUUCCUGCUGCUGCACCCAUGGGAACCCCGGGUGCUGCCGCCAAGCCUGGUGCUAUCUCCAGCCAGCGCCGCAAGGUCAUCGAACGUGGAACUCUUGACAACACCCCGGACACCAACCGUGCUGUCGGAGGGAGUGACAGGAUGUGA